AAAACUGCAGCAAAAACCCAUGCAAGGGUUGUAGUACUUGAGUAUUCAGUUGGUGUGUUAUUUUUAUUUAUUUUCUUUUUUUUUUUUAAAAAAAAGGGAUAUCGGGUAAGCGGCUUGAGGGAUUUAAAACGUCCCAGCGGGAACUCGCUACAUCUUCAGCUCAUGGAACGUGUGCAUCAUCGACGCUACUAUUAGUAUCAUUUGGCAAGGCAUACAACAGAAUUUGCUAAAAUUUGAAACCACGCAAUGGAAGACGCCAUUGGAGAGGGUUCCAGCUUCGUCAUCGGGAUCAUUGAAAAUAGAGCCAAAGAGGUUGGACUAGCUGCUCUUGAUUUAAGGUCCGCGUCCUUGCAUCUAUCUCAAUAUAUUGAAACUAGCAGUUCAUAUCAAAACACAAAGACGUUGCUCCAUUUCUAUGAUCCCAUUGUGAUCAUUAUUCCUCCAAACAAGUUAGCGUCCAAUUCCGCAGCUGCAGUUACAGAAUUGGUUGAUAGAUUUUAUGCAUCAGUCAAGAAGGUAGUUUCAGCCCGCGGUUGUUUUGAUGACACAAAGGGUGCUAUCCUAGUAAAGAACCUAGCUACUAAGGAGCCUUCAGCACUUGGUCUGGACACGUAUUACAAGCAGUAUUAUCUAUGCUUGGCGGCCGCGGCUGCCACUAUUAAGUGGAUGGAAGCAGAAAAAGGGGUCGUUGUUACAAAUCACUCGUUAUCAGUCACCUUUAAUGGAUCGUUUGAUCACAUGAAUAUUGAUGCAACCAGUGUUCAAAAUUUGGAAAUUAUUGAACCAUUUCACUCUGCCUUAUUGGGAACUAGCAACAAGAAGAGAAGUUUGUUUCACAUGCUAAAGACAACUAAAACUACUGGAGGGACUAGGCUCCUCCGUGCCAAUCUGUUGCAGCCACUAAAAGACAUUGAAACAAUCAAUGCUCGUCUUGAUUGCCUGGAUGAAUUGAUGAGCAAAGAACAACUAUUUUAUGGUCUCUGUCAGGUUUUGCGUAAAUUUCCAAAAGAGACUGAUAGGGUAUUAUGCCAUUUCUGCUUUAAGCCAAAGAAAGUUACAAACGAGGCCUUGUCAGUUGACCAUGCUAAAAAGAGUCAAGUGCUAGUAUCGAGUGUUAUUCUCCUUAAAACUACUUUGGAUGCCCUUCCUCUACUAUCAAAGGUGCUUAAGGAUGUGGAAAGUUUACUUCUUUCAAAUAUCUACAAGUCAGUUUGUGGAAACGAGAAAUAUGAUCUUAUUAAAACAAGGAUAGGGGAUGUUAUUGAUGAAGAUGUGCUUCAUGCCUGUGUUCCUUUUGUUGCUUGCACUCAGCAAUGCUUCGCUGUCAAGGCUGGGAUUGAUGGUCUCUUGGAUAUUUCGCGAAGAUCAUUCUGUGACACCAGUGAAGCUAUCCACAAUCUUGCAAACAAGUAUCGAGAGGAUUUCAAGUUGCCGAAUUUAAAGCUUUCCUAUAAAAACAGGCAGGGAUUCCACUUUGUUAUACCACAGAAGAACAUUCAAGGAAAACUUCCAAACAAGUUUAUUCAGGUCGUAAAACAUGGGAACAACAUUCAUUGCUCAACUUUGGAACUAGCAUCUUUGAAUGCUAGGAAUAAAUCUGCAGCAGCAGAAUGCUAUACCAGAACAGAGAUUUGCCUUGAAGAACUAAUGGAUUUCAUCCGGGAGAAUGUCUCUGUGUUGACACUGCUUGCUGAGGUCUUGUGCUUGCUAGAUAUGAUUGUGAAUUCCUUUGCUCAUAUGAUAUCCACUAAGCCUGUCGAUCGAUAUACAAGACCAGAAUUUACUGAGAACGGACCAAUGGCAAUUGAUUCUGGUAGGCACCCAAUUCUAGAGAACAUACACAAUGACUUCGUUGCCAAUAACAUUUUUCUUUCUGAAGCCUCAAAUAUGGCGAUAGUGACAGGCCCCAACAUGAGUGGAAAGAGUACGUACCUUCAACAAGUGUGCCUCAUAGUUAUUCUUGCUCAAGUUGGAUGUUACGUUCCUGCUCGGUUCUCAACUCUAAGGGUAGUUGAUCGAAUCUUUACAAGGAUGGGAGCAGUUGAUAAUCUUGAAUCAAACUCUAGCACGGCACAGAUUGCAAUUCUUACUAAACAUUCUGUUGGAUGCAGAAGUCUGAUUGUUAUGGAUGAACUUGGGAGGGCCACUUCGUCUACUGAUGGAUUUGCAAUUGCAUGGAGUUGCUGCGAGCAUCUUUUGUCACUCAAAGCGUAUACCAUAUUUGCCACUCAUAUGGAGAAUUUAUCAGAAUUAGCAACGAUUUAUCCAAACGUGAAAAUUCUUCACUUUCACGUUGACUUGAGAAACAACCAUUUAGAUUUCAAGUUUAACCUUAAGGAAGGACCAAGACAUGUCCCACACUAUGGCCUUCUCUUAGCAGAAGUGGCAGGACUACCAAGUUCGGUUAUUGAGACAGCCAGAAUGAUCACCUCGAAGAUUAUAGAAAAGGAAGUGACGAGGAUGGAACUAAAUUGCUUGCAGCAUCAUUCAGUACAGAAGGCUUACCUGGUUGCACAGCGCCUAAUAUGCCUCAAAUAUUCCAAUCAAGAUGAGGAGAUGAUUCGCCAGGCGUUGUCGAAUCUUAAAGAAUGCUACCUCGAGGACAAACUUUAGAAUUUUAUUCAAUCCAUUCGAGUGUGUGAAUAUUCAUUAUUCAAUGUUUUUGUUACCCAUGAUCACAUCCAGUGUCAUUUGAUUUCCUCGGACAAAUUUGGACUUUACUAUACAGUAAAAAUGGAUCUAAUUAGAAGUUAUUUGAAUUUAAGAUUAUUAAGUUUACCUAAAACAUCCAGAUAUCAAAGAGAAGAUCGAUGCACAAAAAUUCUUUGUUUUAAUCCGUGGAAA